GCCCAGGAGGUACUUAAGUGCUGUGGGGUGAAGGUUAGCCCAGUUCCCCUUCCUCAGCACAGGCUGCCGUCCAGAGCAGGUAAGUAGAUGUGGGGUGCGGGUGAGAGUGCCCUGGGCCUUGAGAGACCAGCUAUCAGCUUCGAGAGCAAGACUCCAAGGUGUGUGGGUCUGGGCUAGAGUUGGAUCUCCUGUCCUCAGCAGUUCAGGACCUGGUUACUCCUAGCCCUGCAAGUGGAAGAGGAGCUUGGGGAAGCUUCAUGCAUGAGAGGGUGUAGACCUCAGCUCCCUCUUGCCCCACCUCAUCCUGGUUUGACCCACACACCACUGAGUUCUAGGGGGUGGGGGUGUGCUCUGUCUGCUCUGCAGCUUCCUCCCCCUUGUCUACUGACACAGGGUGAAGGCUGGGGUGGGGGAUGACCAGAGUUGAAGGAAGGUUGCCUGGGGAUCUAAGGUGGGUGAUGAGAAGGCAAGCUAAGGAGAAGGUUUGCUGGGGGAGAAGGACAGCUCUGGGAGCAGCUCUUGUGACCUUCUGCCCCAGGCCCCCAGCACCAUGACGGUUUCAUACACCCUCAAAGUGGCGGAGGCCCGCUUCGGAGGCUUCUCUGGCUUGCUUCUCCGUUGGAGGGGAAGCAUCUACAAGCUCCUCUACAAGGAGUUCCUCCUAUUCAUCGCCCUGUAUGCUCUGCUCAGCAUCACCUACCGCCUGUUGCUGACCCAGGAGCAGAGGCUUGUGUAUGCUCAGGUGGCCCGAUACUGCAAUCGCUCUGCGGAGCUCAUCCCCUUGUCCUUUGUACUGGGUUUCUACGUGACCUUGGUGGUGAACCGCUGGUGGGCCCAGUACACAAGCAUCCCGUUGCCGGACCAGUUGAUGUGCGUCAUCUCGGCCAGCGUGCACGGCGUGGACCAGCGCGGCCGCCUGCUGCGCCGCACCCUCAUCCGCUACGCCAACCUGGCGUCGGUACUGGUGCUGCGCUCGGUCAGCACCCGCGUGCUCAAGCGCUUCCCCACCAUGGAGCACGUGGUGGACGCAGGUUUCAUGUCCCAGGAAGAGAGGAAAAAGUUUGAGAGCCUGAAAUCUGACUUCAAUAAGUACUGGGUCCCCUGCGUCUGGUUCACCAACCUGGCGGCCCAGGCCCGGAGGGAUGGGCGAAUCCGUGAUGACAUUGCUCUCUGCCUGCUCCUGGAAGAGCUGAACAAGUACCGGGCCAAGUGCAGCAUGCUGUUCCACUAUGACUGGAUCAGCAUCCCCCUCGUCUACACCCAAGUGGUGACCAUAGCAGUAUACUCCUUCUUUGCCCUCUCCCUGGUUGGCCGCCAGUUCGUGGAGUCAGAGGCAGGGGCUGCGAAACCUCGGGAGCCUCUGGAGCCAGGGCCAGCCCUGGGGGACCUGGACAUGUACGUGCCUCUCACCACUCUGCUGCAGUUCUUCUUCUAUGCUGGCUGGCUCAAGGUGGCAGAACAGAUCAUCAAUCCCUUUGGUGAGGAUGAUGACGACUUUGAAACCAACAAGCUUAUAGACCGCAACUUGCAGGUGUCCCUGCUCUCCGUGGAUGACAUGUACCAGAACCUGCCUCCUGCGGAGAAGGACCCAUAUUGGGAUGAGGACUCGGCGCAGCCGCCCUACACUGUGGCCACUGUGGCCGAGUCGCUGCGGCCUUCCUUCCUGGGUUCCACCUUCAACCUGCGCAUUAGCGACGACCCUGAGCAGAGCCUGCAGGUGGAGACGUCCCCUGGGCCAGCCGGGCCGGUGACCGCCGCACAGACCCCGCUGCUCAGCCGCUUCCUGGGCGUAGGAGCGCCCUCGCCAGCCAUCAGCCUCCGGAACUUCGGCCGCGUCCGAGGAGCCCCCCGGACCCCUCACCUACUGCGCUUCCGGGCCGAGGAGGGCGGUGACCUCGAAGCCGCGGACCGCAUCGAGGAGGAGGCGUUGGGGUCAGGGGACGAGGCCCAGGAGCCCUGAGCAGAGGCAGCAGGGCCGGGCCAUCUGGCUGCCUCCCCUAGGUCCUCCGGAGCUAUUAGAGCAGCACUUCCAUGCACCCUAAGCCGGAGCACUUAGGGACGACCCUUGAGAGGGCAGAAGAGCCUGAACCAGAGUUAGGAAUGCGUCCACUUUGGCUUGGGGGAGGUGAAGCUAGGACACAAGAGGCGAGGUAUAGAGGACUAGAGCCCAGGCGCACGAUUAAUUUCCUCCACAAUGCGGGGCUAGGCCGGUUCUUGAGGGAGCAUCAGUAUCACUGAAGGGCUGGUUAAAAAGUUUUGGG